GCUGGAUGGGAGAUGGAACAGCCAGGAAAUGAACCAACACCCACAUGGGGUGCCAGCACUUGAAGGUAGAAGAUUAUCCCUGUUGAGCUAUGAUGUCAGAUCCAAUUUUUUAAGAUUUGAAAGGCAUUGUGUGUGUGGUGGGGAGAGGGGAGUCUUGCACCUACUGGCUUACCACCCCUCCCAGAUGACAGGAACCUGGGACUCCAUGCAGUCCGCCCAUAUGGGCGGAGGGGCCUAAGUACCCCAGGCCAGCUUCUGCUGUCUGCUUCCCAGGGUGCAUUAGCGGGGAGCUGGGUCUGCAGCCGAGCAAGGAGGACUUGAACUAGCGCUGAUGAGGGAUGCCAGCGUCACAAGCUGUGGCUUAAUCCACUGAUCCGUUUGCCCACUUGUUAGGUGGACACGUUGGUGUCUAGAACGUGUCUGCAGUCCAAGCUUGGCCACCAUCACAGCAUUUCCCAUGAGAUGUAAACACCUCACUGGUCUGCUUGUUUUCUGCUUUUGUCAAGCUAGCAGACUCUUCCCUGCGCAGGGGCUCGUGGCCACACUGUUCUGGGAAGGGGACUCUAGAGGACUCUGCAUGUAGAACAUUCUCCAAGUAGAUGAGGCCCAUCUGAGUGUGGAAGCCCCCCCCUCCAUUCACCCUUGGUCUCUGCCACAGGCCAGGGUGAGGCUUCUGGAAAUUUAGCAGCUCUAGGCCAAGAAGUACAGCCCUGGAAAGGUGAGCUGCUUCCGACCCCAGCCCACCCCCACCUCCCUGAAGUCUGGCAGCCAGUAGUUUGUUUUCCCAGCAUGUCUGUGUUACAUGCAGCUCGUCUGUACAUCGGAGGCCACGCGUGUUGUUUUCACAGAAGAGGAACCAGGAGUCCAGCUGAGUCCCCUGGGAUCCCAGGGCCACCUCCCUGGCCGGUGCUGCUCACUGCUGCCGCCCCACAGGCCUGCAGGAGUCCUGCCCGCCAUGGCCAUGGCCUCCGUGAACAUCAACGAGCUGCCCGAGAACAUCCUGCUGGAGCUCUUCACGCACGUGCCUGCCCGCCAGCUGCUGCUGCGCUGCCGCCCCGUCUGCAGCCUCUGGCGAGACCUCAUCGACCUCACCACCCUUUGGAAGCGCAAGUGCCUCCGCGAGGGCUUCAUUACCGAGGACUGGGACCAGCCCGUGGCCGACUGGAAGAUCUUCUACUUCCUGCGAAGCCUGCACAGGAACCUGCUGCGCAACCCGUGCGCGGAAGAUGACUUGAGGUCAUGGCAGAUCGACUGCAAUGGGGGAGACGAGUGGAAGGUGGAGAGCCUGCCAGGAGCACACGGCACGAACUUCCCUGACCCCAGAGUGAAGAAGUACUUUGUCACCUCUUACGGCUUGUGCCUCAAAUCCCAACUGGUGGACCUCAAGGCGCAUGGCUACUGGGAGGAACUGUUAGACCUGGUCCGGCCUGACAUCGUGGUCAAGGACUGGUUUGCGGCCAGAGCAGACUGUGGCUGCUCCUACCACCUGCGAGUAAAACUGACCUCAGCCGACUACAUCGUUCUGGCCUCCUACGAGCCCCCACCAGUGACUAUCCCUCAGUGGAGUGAUGCCGCGUGGACGGAGGUCUCCCACACCUUCUCCGACUACCCACCCGGCGUCCGCCAUAUCCUCUUCCAGCACGGAGGCAAGGACACCCAGUUCUGGGCAGGCUGGUAUGGGCCCCGCGUCACCAACAGCAGCGUCACCGUCAGCUAUAAACCCAAGAAUCCAGAGCCUCCUGUGGCUCAGCCAGAGACACUGUCCCGGCCACGGCAGGAGGCAGCCCGGUCGCCCUCCCCGCCUGGCCACCACAGAGCCUGAGGACAGCUUCCCACCUGACAGCACUUGUCCAUCUCCUGCCCAGCUCAGUCAGAGGGCUGCUGCAGGUGCAAGCUGAGCCUGUGGCAGGCAGCCAGGUCCCCUGCCCCAAAGGCCCCUGCCCCGUCUCAGGCUUGGGUUAAAGCCACCAGCUGUGGUAGCUUCCUGCCAUGCAGCUCAAUGCUCUGCCCAAUAAAUGCUUCUGGGAAAACCA